AGUGGAGGUGCUGGGAUUUGACCAUCCCUGGAGCCCGUGCUCUGGACACGGCUAAAGAGUGCAGGAGCCGUCUGCCAGCCCACGUAGGCCAGAGGGCAGCCCCUGGUGAGCCCGCCCCAGCUGGGACAGAACCUCUGGGGGCCACCACUUGCCCUGCAGGCUGCCCGGGGUCCAGUCUCCCUGCAGUCAGAUGCGCCCCUCAAGACUAGACAAGCUCCAGCGCCCGACACAGCCCCAGAGGGCUUAGCAGGCAGCAGCUGAGCUGCAGAGUGAUGGGGACCCCACCCGCCGAGAAGGUGGAGAGCUAGCCACUGAUGACUCUGCGUGAAUCCGUACAAAUGAUUGAUGCCUUCUUUCGGGUUGAUCUCCAGCGAGGGAGCUCGUGUGGAUUUUGCCGGCUUCCAAGAGAGUUAUGUAUCAAGAGUGCAAAAGAGAGGAUCUCAGCCCAGGCUCCCUGGGGUGACACUGCUAAUGGGAGUGCCUCUCGGGGAGUUCGAGAAGGGCGUGCUGUGAGGAAGGGGAAGGGAUGGGCCACCUUGGGGACCCUGACUGUGUGUUCAGCACCAGGUGGGAAAGCUGGGAGCCUCUGGGGCCUCUCUGAGCCUUGGUUUACUCACCCGUAAAAGGGGGCCCCAGGACUGUUUCCAAGGCCCCUUCUAACCCUGACGUUCCUGCAGUGGGUGUGGGCUUUGGACGGCAGAAGGAAGGACCCGUGUCCCUUGCCUGCUCAGCCUGUUGCUCCUCUGAAGGUGUGGGGCAGAGUCUCUGAGCCUCAGCCUCCUCGUUCUUCAGUAGAAAUAUUUAGCGGAAGAGCCAGAUGCACUGAGCACCUAGUCUGUGACGGGUGCUGGCCUAAGUGUAUGACUCACUUAACCCUUGUGACAAUUCUGAGGCAGCUACUGUUCUUAGCCCCACUUUAGAAAUAAGGAACCAUGGCACAGAGAGGUUAAGUAACUUGUCCAAGGUCACACAGCCAGUAAGUGCAGAGCCAGGACUCAGACACAGCCUGUUUUUAGAGCAUGUGGAGUGAGAGCGAGGCUGUCACCCUGCAUCACUGCUGUGAGGAUGGCAGGUGAUUAGUCCAGGACAUGGGAGGUGCUCAGCUGAUGUCAGAUGUAUCCCGGUGGCCUGGACCUGGCUGUCAUCCCUUCCUUCAGGCUCAACUUCUAGCCCAUUUUCGGCCCGGAUGCCUGAAACCACCUCUGCCAGGUGGGAAAUCUCAUGGGCUGACCUAGAGGCUGCUGGUGACACUGGACGGGCCUCCUACAGCAUCAUCCUGUCCUCUGUGGUUCACACUGACUCUGGUGUCCUGGCCCACCUGCAGGCAAACGAGGUGAACUCCCACGUCCCACCCGCCCCGAGCUGGUACUCUCUGUCCCGGGGGCAGCCUGUGCCCUCCUCCCUUCCCUGGGAGCUCUCAGCACCCCACCAGCUGGGACCCACCGCCAAGGGGCAUUCUCCCUGAAACCUGCUCCCUGGACCAAGCCCAAGGGGACCUUAGGAUCAGGGGUGAGGCCCAGCCCAGGGCACUUGAAAUAGCAGCGCCCCUGCUCAAGGCCCCUGUCAGGGCUCGUAUGUGCUCAGUCUGGCCCUUGCUGGUCAGCUGGAGCCAAUCAUGGGCAUCCGCAGCACCUGCCCAAACCCCAGCACCUGUCGCAGAUCACCGUGCCACGAAGUCCCCAGAAGCCCCUCAGGAGCCCUGUUGAUGUGAUGCCCCCCACCCACCCACUGUGAAUGGAGCCCUGGGCUCCGCCGGGACCUAUGCAGACCUCUGUGACCUCGUCCCAGCCAGCUUUCGCUGCAGCCUUCCAUGGGGGUGCCGUUGUCCCCGUUUUGCAGCUGAAGAAACCAAAGCCCUAGCACAGUUAAGACAGCCAGAGGAGAGGAUGGUCAGGGAGAGCGCUGGGGAGCGACAUUUCCCCAAAACUGAAGGAUUUGAGCGAAGACGGAAGGAGCCAUGCCCCCAGCGCUUACGACAGCUGCUUCAGGGGGAUGGAGCGGUGGUUUAGAGGGGCCAGGGCUGCCCAGGGGGAGAGGGGGUGUGAAGGAGAGCAAUGCAGCAAGGCCCCCGCCCUCCGGGAGUCUCGGGUGAGCUGGGACAGGGACGGGCAGCAAGGAAUCAGCAGGUGGCCAGGGCUACGCUGGGAUGAGGGAUCCCAUAGGGUGCAGCCUGUUCUGCAUGAGAGGAGUGCGGGGUGCUGCCAGGGAGGGUUUCAAGGGGGGCCGACUUUUGGUCGGCCCGAGAAAGAUGAGUAGGAUUUUGCCCGGCCGAGGAACUGGGGUAAAGAAAGCACAGAUUCCAGUGAGGUGUUUUUAGGGAGCAGCAAGUUUGGGGGGUCUGGAAAGGAGGGUGAGGCAGUGUGAGAAGGGGCUGGAGUGCCUCCCCAGCCAGAAGGCGGCCCUGUGCCUGUCUAUGCCUGGGAUCCUUAGGGCUUGGGGAGUAUCUUCCUGCUCCAGGAUUCAGAGAGGGCAAGGCACCUGCCCAAGGUUGCACAGCCUGCCUGCCAGUUACUGAGGCCAUUAGCUGCUGCCUGAGAGGCUUGGACUUUAUCCUGCAGACCACUGGAGCCAUGGAAGGUUUUUAAAGUAGGGAUCAGCGUGUGCAUCUUAGAAAACAGUUUUGCAUUUUUAGAGAGAGGAACUCUGAGAAUGGUUAAUACUUAACUCGGGGGCCUGAACCUCCAUCAAGGAAAUUGGGCUUUGUGGGUGGAGGAAGAAGGGGGCCUCGGAGUGCCACUCAAGUCCUUCCAUCCACGUGUGGGGUUGUCCUGGUGCCUCCCCUCACACCUGCCUCUGUUGGGGGGGUGCCCAGCCAGGGGCAUGGGAGGCGCCCAGCAGUGCCCCUGUUCUCCCCCGCCCACCGGCGGGGGCGCCACACCUCCCCUGGAAGUGCCCCUGGUCUGGGUAAGGAAGGGAGGCUGGGCGCUGCCCCCACGGAGGUUUCUGAAGGGCACGGACCCUGUGCCCUAGGGGAGGAGAGCCAGAGGUGGUGCUUUGUGGCAGCCCCGGACCAGGAAGUAGCCUCUGCCCUCCCCCAUCCUGAGACAUUUCCUCCGGAUGAACUCACAUCCCCAGCAGGGGAACAGGCCCCCAUUGUGAAGGGCCGGGGUCUCGAGAGAAAGGGUGUCUUUCAGGCCCUUAAAAAUAGCAGCCCUGGGAUGUAUGAAUCUGCAUGGAGUCGAGUGGCCCAUCCUCCCCCAGCAGCAGCACAGGCGCUGUCACCCCCCAGCCCACACCGUGACCUGGUGGUGACCAGCUGGAGAAUCCACUAGCCCAGGCCGCUGGUCCACCGGCUUCACGCACUCUCCCUCUGCUUCGCCCGCCUGAGCUAAGACCGUCGCUGGCUUUGUCCAGCACUGCUGGGCCCUCUCGUAUGGUCCGCACUAGACCCUUAGCAGGUGGGGAUAAUCGACACUUUACAGAUGAGGAAACUGAGGCACAACUAGUAAGUCAUACCUUUAGCGGGUGAUGGAGCCCAGGUCGGAAGCCAGGCAGCGCUGGGCCUAGGAUUCUGCCCAGCUGGGGGCUGGGCCCGGGUGCAGGCUGGAGGGCGCGGGGUGUGGUCCCCAGGCCUGUAAUGGGGCACCCGGUGGGGUCAGCCCGCAGCAGCCCUGCCACGUGACCUAGGGGGGACUGGCACUGACCACAGCUGGCGGCUGGGCACUCCCUGAGCCGGGGGACAGAGGCUGCCACUGGCCGUAUCACUCCAGGGUCUUGACAGAUCUUCGGCCACUUCUGCAGGGGAGCCAGGCUCACCCCACCCCUCCCGCCUGAGAGCAGGUAGGGCGGGGCCGCGUGCGCCCGAGGUUGUUAAGUGAAUGAUACGUGUGAGUUGAGGGAGUUCUAGCCAUUCUAGACUCCAAGAGGUGAAGGGCGGGGGUGAGAGCAGGCGAUUGGGAAGGGUUCACCCUGCAUCCCUGAGCACGAGAUGUUCUAGGCUCCUGGCAGGGCAGCCCUCACCCGCCAGCCCCUCUGGGACAGCCCUCCCCCUCCUCUGCCGGGGUCUGGCCUGAUUAGAGCGGUGCUGCAGCACCUGCUGGGACCUCUCAGUCACUUCAUUUGUGUGAGGGGCCCCUGAGCCCAACCCCACGCUCCAGCUCACCCUCCGUGGGCCACCUGGAAUCAGGGAAGGGCUGUAGAGAGCUGGCGGCUGAAAUACCAGCUGUUGGCAGCUCUGCCCUUCCCAGCCCUGCUGCCACCCAUGGAGUCCCAGCCCCUCCCAUCCCGUCCGUCCUUUCAAACCGGAGCCGUUGCGGUCAGCCGCUUGUCACAGACACAGGACUGGAGCCCCAGCCUCCUGCAGUCCCAGACCCCCACCCCCCGGACACCCCACCACGCAGCUCCGUGCUCUCCAUCCUUCUCCUGCUUCCCAGAAUCCGUGCUCCGACUCCUCCUUGGAGAGAGUGAGAUGAUGUCACUUCCUGAGGGUGGGGGGAGGAGUAGGCACGACCCCAGCAGGCUAGCCCGCCAGCCUGCCCGCCAGGCCGCCACCUCUCUGGGAGCAGCCGGGCAGCGGCUGGAUGAAGCGGCUGCACCAGGGAGAGGGCGACCGAGACGGGCUGGGCUGGACGUGCUGGCCGGCCACCUGGCUGCACACCCCGUCGCCCACCCUGAGGGCCGCGCCCACCGGCCGGGGAGACUUGGCCACUUCCCGAGUGAUGCCGGUCUCCGCAGACACUCUUUUUCCCUGGAGCCGUCACCGGGGAGAGGAGGACUUGCCGCCCACCUCUGGACCAGGUGCCAUGAGGUGAGCGCCAGGCCCGCUGAGCCUCUGCAGAGCUGCCAGCCAUGCCCGGGAUCGUGGUGUUCCGGCGGCGCUGGUCUGUGGGCAGCGAUGACCUCGUCCUGCCAGCCAUCUUCCUCUUCCUCCUCCACACCACCUGGUUUGUGAUCCUGUCCGUGGUGCUCUUCGGCCUGGUCUACAACCCGAACGAGGCCUGCUCCCUGAACCUGGUGGACCACGGCCGCGGUUACCUGGGCAUUUUGCUGAGCUGCAUGAUCGCUGAGAUGGCCAUCAUCUGGCUGAGCAUGCGCGGCGGCAUCCUCUACACGGAGCCCCGCGAAUCCAUGCAGUACGUGCUCUACGUGCGCCUGGCCAUCCUGGUGAUCGAGUUCAUCUACGCCAUCGUGGGCAUCGUCUGGCUCACCCAGUACUACACCUCCUGCAAUGACCUCACUGCCAAAAACGUCACGCUCGGGAUGGUUGUCUGCAACUGGGUGGUCAUCCUGAGCGUCUGUAUCACCGUCCUCUGCGUCUUCGACCCCACGGGCCGCACCUUUGUCAAGCUGAGGGCCACCAAGAGGAGGCAGCGCAACCUGCGGACCUACAACCUGCGGCACCGCUUAGAAGAGGGUCAGGCCACCAGCUGGUCGCGCCGGCUCAAAGUGUUCCUCUGCUGUACUCGGACGAAGGACUCCCAGUCAGACGCCUACUCGGAAAUCGCCUACCUCUUUGCCGAGUUUUUCCGAGACCUGGACAUCGUGCCCUCCGACAUCAUCGCUGGCCUGGUGUUGCUCCGGCAGCGGCAGCGGGCCAAGCGCAACGCCGUGCUGGACGAGGCCAACAAUGACAUCCUGGCCUUCCUGUCUGGGAUGCCGGUGACCAGAAACACCAAGUACCUCGACCUCAAGAACUCGCAAGAGAUGCUCCGCUACAAAGAGGUCUGCUACUACAUGCUCUUUGCCCUGGCUGCCUACGGGUGGCCCAUGUACCUGAUGCGGAAGCCGGCCUGUGGCCUCUGCCAGCUGGCCCGGUCCUGCUCGUGCUGCUUGUGUCCCACACGGCCCCGGUUUGCCCCUGGAGUGACCAUCGAGGAAGACAACUGCUGCGGCUGCAACGCCAUCGCCAUCCGGCGCCACUUCCUGGACGAGAACAUGACCGCGGUGGACAUCGUCUACACCUCCUGCCAUGAUGCGGUCUAUGAAACCCCCUUCUACGUGGCGGUGGACCACGACAAGAAGAAGGUGGUGAUCAGCAUCCGGGGAACCCUGUCCCCCAAGGACGCCCUGACAGACCUGACCGGUGACGCCGAGCGCCUCCCUGUGGAGGGGCACCAUGGCACCUGGCUGGGACACAAGGGAAUGGUCCUCUCCGCUGAGUACAUCAAAAAGAAGCUGGAGCAGGAGAUGGUCCUGUCCCAGGCCUUCGGGCGAGACCUGGGCCGCGGAACCAAACACUACGGCCUGAUAGUGGUGGGCCACUCCCUGGGCGCAGGCACCGCUGCCAUCCUCUCCUUCCUCCUGCGACCCCAGUACCCGACCCUCAAGUGCUUUGCCUACUCCCCGCCAGGGGGCCUGCUGAGCGAGGACGCCAUGGAGUAUUCCAAGGAGUUUGUGACAGCUGUGGUCCUGGGCAAAGACCUUGUCCCCAGGAUCGGCCUCUCCCAGCUGGAAGGCUUCCGCAGACAGCUCCUGGACGUCCUGCAGCGAAGCACGAAGCCCAAAUGGCGAAUCAUUGUAGGGGCCACAAAAUGCAUCCCCAAGUCGGAGCUGCCCGAGGAGCUGGAGGUGACCACCCUGGCCAGCACGCGGCUCUGGACACACCCCAGUGACCUGACCAUCGCCCUGUCCGCCAGCACCCCUCUCUACCCCCCCGGCCGUAUCAUCCACGUGGUCCACAACCACCCAGCGGAACAGUGCUGCUGCUGCGAGCAAGAGGAGCCCACGUACUUUGCCAUCUGGGGCGACAACAAGGCCUUCAACGAGGUGAUCAUCUCGCCGGCCAUGCUGCACGAGCACCUCCCCUACGUGGUCAUGGAGGGGCUCAACAAGGUGCUGGAGAACUACAACAAGGGGAAGACGGCCCUGCUCUCUGCUGCGAAGGUCAUGGUGAGCCCCACGGAGGUGGACCUGACUCCGGAGCUCAUCUUCCAGCAGCAGCCGCUGCCCACGGGACCACCUGUGCCCGCCGGGCUGGCCCUGGAGCUGCCCGCCGCAGACCACCGAAACAGCAGUGUCAGGAGCAAGUCCCAGUCUGAGAUGAGCCUGGAGGGCUUCUCGGAGGGGCAGCUGCUGUCCCCUGUGGCCGCGGCAACCCGCCAGGACCCAGUGGAGCUGCUGCUGCUGUCCACCCAGGAGCGGCUGGCGGCCGAGCUGCAGGCGCGGCGGGCGCCGCUGGCCACCAUGGAGAGCCUCUCGGACACGGAGUCGCUGUACAGCUUCGACUCGCGCCGCUCCUCCGGCUUCCGCAGCAUCCGCGGCUCGCCCAGCCUCCACGCCGUGCUGGAGCGCGACGAGGGCCACCUCUUCUACAUCGACCCCGCCAUCCCCGAGGAGAACCCAUCCCUGAGCUCGCGCACCGAGCUGCUGGCGGCCGACAGCCUGUCCAAGCACUCGCAGGACACGCAGCCCCUGGAGGCCACCCUGGGCAGCGGGGGCAUCACCCCCGAGCGGCCCCCCAGCGCAGCCGCCCACGACGAGCUGGAAGAAGGGGGUGGCGGCGGGGCAGCCCCCCGCAGCGGGGAGCUGGCGCUGCACGACGGGCGCCUGGGGGACUCGCCCAGCCCUCAGGUGCUGGAGUUCGCCGAGUUCAUCGACAGCCUCUUCAACCUGGACAGCAAGAGCAGCUCUUUCCAGGACCUCUACUGCAUGGUGGUGCCCGAGAGCCCCACCAGCGACUACGCCGAGGGCCCAAAGUCCCCCAGCCAGCAAGAGAUCCUGCUCCGCGCCCAGUUCGAGCCCAACCUGGUGCCCAAGCCCCCAAGGCUCUUCGCUGGCUCGGCCGACCCUUCCUCGGGCAUCUCGUUGUCGCCCUCCUUCCCACUCAGCUCCUCGGGCGAGCUCAUGGACCUGACGCCCACGGGCCUCAGCAGCCAGGAGUGUCUGGCAGUGGACAAGAUCCGGACUUCCACCCCCACCGGCCACGGGGCCAGCCCCGCCAAGCAGGAUGACCUGGUCAUCUCGGCACGCUAGCACCCCAGGAGUUGCUGCCCGCUGAGGCCCGGGCCAGAGCAGGCGGCUCCUCAGGCUUCUGGUGGCUGCCCCCCAGGCCGGGCAGCUUUGAGGAGAGGCCCCCACGGGGCCAGUGUAGCCUCAGGCAUUGGGCAUUGCUGCUGAGCUGGGGGUCCGCAUCCCUACCUCAGCUUUGGAACCCCCAGAGCCAAGGCAGCUGGGAUCUGGGCCCUCCAGAUAGGGAAUGACGGGGAGGGGCGUGGAGCAGGGAGAAGCCUGGGGCAGCCUGCCAGGUGGACAGGGCAACACUCCGCCCUCUCAGCCUGAGUGCCCCCCACAGGGCCAUCCUGGUACCUCCCAUUCCGGGACAGGCCAUGAGUACGCUGACUCCCCGUCACUGCCCUCUGGCUGCUCUCCCAGGAUGGAAAUGGAGAGCGGCCCCCUCCCCACGUAUUCUCAUCUGUGGUCCAGGCUGGCAUCUGCCCUGGCCACCCCCAGAUCUGGUGCCUGCUGGCCAGCCCCCUGGGGUGACCCCCCCACCAAGGUGGCCCGCAGUGCUGUGUAUGUUUACAGAAGCUGCUGGGCUGGGCUCAGGAUGUGUCCUGGGCUUGCAGGCCCCCGACCCCCGCUGCAAUCACGUGUUUAGUAGCCCUCUUCUGGGCAGGCAGGCACCAGCCUCCACAGGGCCCAAGGCAGCCAUGGGGCCUGGAGGGGCCUCCAGGAGGGUGUGGUCAGGGCCGUCCCUUCUCUGCCUGAUAUCCCUCAUGCUGAUCCCUCUGUCGAUGGGUCCUGGGUGCCCAGGCGCGCCCCGUUACUUCCUGGCCUGCCUUCUACCCCCGGGGAUCCUGGCCACUCAAAGGGUGGAGGGCACAGGUGUGACCACCCCUGCCUGCAGAGUCAGUGCCCUGGAGGGAAGGAGGGCCCCACCAAACCCCCUUUUAAUCACCUCCCCCCAGGCCUAGGCACGCCAGGCCCUGGGCUCUGCAGCCAAACACGCCUCCACUCUGCACAGCUGCCCCUCCCCGCUGGCCUGGGCUCUCUGCUGGGAGCGGGCCUCUCUUCCCUCCCACCCACAAUGUCCUGUUGGCACUAAGUAGAGCCUGGCGUGGGGUAUUGUGGGAGCCGGCUAGAGACCCAGGAGGGCCAGGGGCCCUGGGGCCAUCCCAGUUUAGCCUGAGGCCUCCACAGCCCACACUUGGGAGGGUUCCUUCCCUGCUGGCUUGGAGAAGCAGCGGGGAAGUGGAGCCCCUGCCUGUCGGCAGAGGCAGAGCGGGGAGGGGGCGCAUGCCAGCGCGGGGCGUGUGUGUGCAUGUGCAUGAGUGUGUGCCGAGGAAGGGGCUGCUGGGGCACCCUCCCCGCCCCGCCCGCUCUGCCUGCCUGCUGCCCCUCCCAGCCUGCCAAGAAAACAGGCAGCAAACAUGACGGGCACCGCGCGGCGGGGGCCGUGGGACGAGCUCGGCUUCGGACACGGCCCGUCCCCCUCGUCUCGCCGGCUGCUCUGACCCCUGGUUUGGAAACCUGGUGUGUGCCGAGGCGUUGACCGCCCGCUUGUGCCUUCAUUUCCUUGGAGGCAAGGUCCCACGACUCUGGGCCCGCCCAUGGCCUCCCUGGGUUGGCUAGGCUCCCCUGACCAAGACCCCCGUCUCGUGAUCACUGGUACCUGGGACCCCUGCCCACCCUGACACAUGGGGACAGAGACCUGGGAGCUGGGCCUCCCUCACCCUCUGCGACUCCCAAACUUCAUCAGCCCCAUCAGGCUUCUGCCCCUGCUGGGCCCACCCACUUUUCCCGCAGAAUCAAGACGGAAUCAGUGUCUCUUAAAGUUUAAAAAAAAAAGACAAAUCAUAAAUCAGAGUAAAGUUCCAACAAGCACCCCAGCCCGUAGCAGGGAGACUUGGGGUCUGGCCUUUUUUUUUUUUUUUUUUUUUUUUUUUUUUUUGCGGUA